CUCUCAUGCAUUUUUGUGCCCGAGUCUAUAAUGAUUUCUCAGAAGAUUUAAAGGUUGAGUUGGGUUACUUCAAGGCAAGCUCAAAAACACUCUGGACCCGUUUAAACGGUCCAGGUAUUUCACAAAGAAUUCCUCCCAACAUGAAUUAUUGAGUCGUUUGAGCACCUUCUUGGUCACUGUGCAUUAACAUUUGCGUAAAAAUAUCCCUUGGGUCAUUGCACAAGUCUCUCUCUCUUGUGUGGCCAGUGUGUUCUUUGCUUUAGAUGACGUCAUUGAAUUUAUUACGUUAUCAACAGCUAGCAAAGAGAAAUGAAAUCAAAUUCUGUACUAGCUUUGAGAAUUUGUUCACAUAGAGACUGCUUUGAUCUCUUCUAACAUAUCUGAACUCUUUUACAAUGAUAAGUAAUAAGACAAUAAUGUUAGGAAAAUAAUCAACAGGAUGAAGACCAACCAAACGCCGGAUUCCCAAUCAUCAAAGUCAAGAAAAGUGACCAACGAGAAAAGUUCGUGUAUAUUAAACAUGCUAAUGAGAUGUUUACAACCAGUGGAAAUUUGUGACUCUUAGAUGAGAGAGGUGGCAUAAAGUUCUUCUCUUUUCUUGGAUGAUGUACAUAUUAUAGGGAUACCUUUUCUUCAAAGGUUUAUCUCCGGAACUUCGAACAUUUGUUUUCACUCAAACAGAGUGGCGUUUUGUACUCAAACAGAACUCUGCUACUGUAAAUUUUCUAAAGGCUCUAAAACCAAGCAGGCUUGUUCUCAUGGAAACGAUCGGGAGACUCCAUCGCUAAUAGUUACGUUCCUGCGUUGAAACCGCGGUUUGUGAAAGAGACCAAGCUUUACAAAGAUGGCGUCAAUCGACGACAGCGAUGUACCAGAAACUGGUGCAGUCUUCACAUUCGGGAGAAGUAGAUUUGCAGAUAACUUAGCCAAUAAGUUCUGGAUACGUAAUGACAAAAUUGUUGAAGUAGCAUGUGGUGAUGAACAUUCUGUUGUUGUUACAGAAAGGGGUAGGUUAUAUGGAUUUGGCACAAAUGAUUGGGGCCAGUUGGGGUUAGGUCACACAAAUUGUGCAAACAAGCCAAGCUUUAUCAAAGCCCUAAAAGGUGAGAAAAUGGUUCUUGCAGCUUGUGGCAGAACACACACAAUUGCAGCAUCAGAAUCAGGAAAAAUUUUCAGUUUUGGGGCAGGAGGUGAUGGACAGUUAGGACAUGGUGAUACAGAGGAUCAAGCUCUGCCAAAGCAAAUAGCCGGGCUUCCUUUAGAGAAGGUCAAGAUUCUGUCUUGUGGUGUCUACCAUACAGCUGUUUUAUAUGAAUCAGGGGACUUAUACAUUUGGGGUACGAGUGCUGAUGGACAGACCGGACUUGAGGAGGAAGAAGUUUUUCGACCGCAUUUCUUAUCAUUGGAUGGCAAAGUUUCCUGGGUUGCUUGCGGAUAUUAUCAUACAGCUGUAGUAACAGAGAGUGGAAAAUUAUAUACAUUUGGAGAAAACGAAAAUGGGAAGUUAGGCCUAAGGGAAGAACAGCUAAAAGACACAUCCAGGCCACAGCCUGUUGCAACUAAAGACGGCAGUUUUACGGCAGUUGCCUGUGGUUCAGGCCAUACAAUCGCACUCACAAAGGAUGGCAAGGUGUAUUCAUUCGGGGAUGGCAGUAGAGGGCAGCUUGGCCAGGGCACUAGGGUUCAAGAGCUCAAAGAGCCAGGACUGAUACAACAGCUGAGCCAUUUAAAAGCUCGAUCAGUUUCUUGUGGAGACUGUCACAGUGCUGUUAUCACAGAUAGCGGACGACUCUACACUUUCGGAGAUGGCAGGCACGGUAAGCUAGGCCAGGGUGAAGAAUGCUUUUCCAAUCAAUUUCGCCCGGCCAAAGUUUCUCGUUUUCAAAGUUUCGAUGUAGAAUCUGUAAGCUGUGGUGGUUGCCAUACACUCGUAACUGCAGUACAACGAGCCUCUGAGGCUAGUGAUGAAGAAGAUGCAGAGGAUGGUCUUCUUAACGCGUCAAUGGCAUCUUCGUUCACACAGUUCAGCAUGGAGGAGGCCAACGCUACUAUGCGGCCAUUCGGAUUAUCAAACACAGUUCCAUUAGUAUCACCAAGAGACAGGCGGCGACAGAAAGAAUCAGAGAACCUGGCAAAUUCUUUCAGUGGAAGCAUGAAUAAAAGUGGUAUGCCAAUGCUAUCGACAUCACUGGACAGGAGUAGGCUACCUAAAAUUCCAAAUUUAGUUGGCAUGAAAGAGAAGAAAGUGGAACAGAAGAAUGUUAUGAAUGAAGAGUCUCUACCCCCUGAAAAGCAAGAGAAAGCUAGCAACAAUAACAUUGAGGAUAAGAGCAGGGUCAAGAAGAAGGAUCAAGAUAAUCUUAAAAAGAAACUUGAGGCAGAACUUGAAAUUGAAGAUAAAGUAUCUUCGCAGUCAGGAAAGCUGGCUAAACUGCAAGAUAAAAAGAAACCUGAAAGUGAAGAGGAAGAAAGUGAAGAAGAGGAUGAUGAGGAUGAAGAAACAGAAGAAGAGACGGAGGAAGAGAAUGAAGAGAACAAGACAAAGAAUACAAAAAAUGACUCAAAACCUGCGGAAGUUAAGAAGUCAGUGAAGAUUGCCACUCAAGAGAAGAAAAAGGAAGAUAAAGAAGAGGAGGAAGAUGAUGAAGAAGAUGAAAGUGAAGAAGAAUCAGAAGAGGAAUCAGAGGAAGAAGAGCCUGUCCCUAAGAAAAAUGCAGAAACCAAAGUUAGUACUAAAAAAGUUGUCGAGGAUACUUCAAAGAAAAAGCAAGCUACAGACAUUAACAAGAAGUCAGUAAAAAAGCCACAGGUUGAAGAAGAUGAAGAGGAUGACGAAGAGGAUGAAGAUGAUGACGAAGAAGAUGAUGAGGAUGACGAUGAGGAGGAGACAGGAAAAGAAGAAGAAGAUGAUGAAGAUGAGGAAGAUGAUGACGAUGAUGAUGACGAGGAAGAAGAGGAUGAGGAAGAAGUUGAUGUUAAAGGGAAGAAGAAAAAUACUGAUAAGAACGAAAAAGAAAAAGAAGAAAGUAAGAAAAGUAAAGGAAAAGAGAAGAAAGGCAAGGAUAAAGAAGAAAGUGUUGAAAAGAAAAAAGAUGCUGUUGAAGAUAAAGAAGGCAAGGAUGACAAGGAAGUAAACAAUAACGAAAAAGAAGCAGAUAGUGCAGACAAAAAAGAACCUCAGCCUACCAAAGUUUCAAAGUUUGCAAAUUUAUUCGGCAAGAAAAAGCAGCAGCCUAAAAGUGAUCCAAAGAAUGAAAAAAACACCGACGAGGAAACUGGAGAAGAGCAGGACCAAAAACAGGAGGCUUCUGGACAAGAUCAGGUAGAUGGACCAGCAAAUUCAGACGCCAAAAAGGAAACCCCUACAAAGAAAACUGGAAAAUCGGGUGUCUGUGUGAUUUUAUAAUGUAUUUUUCUUUGCAUUUUUCACAACAACUAUGCUGCUAUGGAGUAUUAACAUAGUUGCAAUAAAUUAAAUUACCGAAGGGUUUUACGUUAGGUAGCUGCGUUAUUGGCCAAUUGCUUAAAACUUGGCCACUUGGUAAACAUAAAGCCAUGUUAUAGAAGGGGAAGUUGCAAAAAAUACAAGAGUGGGGUUAGAUACGAGGAAGACGUUCCGAUUUUCACUCAAACGUUAUAAGCAGCGUUCAAAUUAGAGAUGAACAUUUGUGUAGCAUGGGUGAUUCCAAUUUUUUGAAUUAUCUUGCCACUGUUUAAAAUAUGCUUGCCACUGUUUAAAAACGCCAAGUGGAGCUUGGCGUUUGAUGUAAAGGUCAAUCCAUGCACGAAUGCAAAUAUAAGCCCUGUUGCAGCAUCAAUGGAGCACACAAGUCAAGGCUAUUUUCGCGUGUUUCAUCGGACAUGCUAAGUUAUUUCCAAUUUUUCUGUGCUUUCCUUCUCAGUUUUUACCCACAAAAGUGAAUGUUCUACGUGGACGGUCGCAAGCAUCAUUGCAAAUUCAUUUUUUCUGCAAGAGACAUUUGUUACAAGUUAAGGUUUUCCCGGUUAAAUGAAACUGGAUAUGUAUUGUGCUAAUGAAAUCGGCAUUGCUCAUCCUUCGACUUUUUGUAGCAUUGUUUUUCAGCGUUGACAUCUAUCGUAAUAACGAAUUAUUUUUCUUUGAAAUGAAACGGUUUCAAGUUACUUUGUCAUGAAAACAGACACAUUCGAAACAACCUUGAAGACAGAGUAAAGUAAAAGCAGGGAAAACACAAAUCCAAAAUUUAAAACCAAAUCUAAUUGUACCAAAACCAAUACCCCAUUACUUAUCUUCUGCUUGAAAAAGAAACCCCCAAGAAAUGGUACAUUACAUACCAUUGUAGGUAUGUGGAAGUAAUCCCCCCACCCCCCAGGGGACGAAAGCACAUCUCAAUAUCUCAAUACAGUCUAUGUAUGUGGGCCAAUGCGUUAGGACUGGUAAAGAUAAUUUCUCAUAUAUUGUGAUAACUAACAUGCCUGCACAUGCAUUUAAUUUUAACAUGCUAUUUAACAGAAAAAGUUACUUUACAUAGAUAAACGCAUUUUGCAAACAGGGUCCUUUAAUUAUGCCGACAAGUAUUAUCAAGAAGAAAACAAAAGGCAGCUAUUUCAUUGACCUAGAUACUAAACUGGCUUAAGCCAUCUCUCAAUAAACUGUUGGCCAAUCAAUGAACAUUUGGGUUGAUUAUGCUUAUUGAUUGGCCAAUUUUGAUUGACAGGUGGCUUAAGCCAUAUUGGUAUCUGUUAAAUGCCUUUAAUGUUAUUUCAACCAUUAAUGCUUACAGAUGCAUGAAGUUUUUUGAAUACCUUAUAAAACUGCCCUGUAAUUAAAGAACCAGCUCAAAAUAUGAAGGUGAAACUUAUUACUUUUCUUGUGAUAAGACUAGGGCCUGAACAUAUUUUGUCCUUUACUAGAAAUCCUAAAUUGCCAGCCUUCAACCUUCUGGAAAGAUGUUAUUUUAUUUGUAAAUUGUGACAGAUAUUAUUAUAUGUAGGUGUAAAUACGUGAUUUUGAAAUUAGUUUGUUAUAUGGUAACUUAAAAUGCUGUUUUCAGACUUAUCUUAUUGGGUUUUGCAUCAAACUCAGUAAACAUUCAUA